CGCACUGGUCUUCUUCCUUUUCUCCCGUGCAGCGGAGUCAAUUCCCAGUCUUUGACUCCGGGCUCCUUCGUAAGGAGGCCAAAAGACUGCAAAAAUGGGUUUUGUUAAAGUGGUGAAGAAUAAGGCCUACUUCAAGAGAUACCAGGUCAAGUUCCGUAGGAGGAGAGAGGGGAAAACUGACUACUUUGCCCGCAAGCGCCUGGUCGUCCAAGAUAAGAACAAGUACAACACACCCAAGUAUCGCAUGAUUGUCCGCUUCACCAACAGGGACAUCAUCUGCCAGAUUGCCUAUGCCAAGAUUGAGGGUGACAUGAUUGUGUGCGCCGCCUACUCACAUGAGCUACCCAAAUACGGUGUCUCUGUGGGCUUGACGAACUACGCAGCGGCCUACUGCACUGGUCUGCUGAUGGCUCGCAGACUUCUGAACAAGUUCGGCCUGGACAAAGUAUACGAAGGACAGGUGGAAGUGACCGGCGACGAGUUCAACGUGGAGAGCAUUGAUGGACAGCCAGGCGCGUUCACCUGCUACCUGGAUGCCGGGCUGGCUAGAACCACCACAGGCAACAAGGUGUUUGGAGCCCUAAAAGGUGCCGUGGAUGGAGGCCUGAGCAUCCCUCACAGUACCAAGCGCUUUCCGGGCUACGACACAGAGAGCAAAGAGUUCAAUGCUGAGGUCCACCGCAAACACAUCCUGGGCAUCAACGUGUCGGAGUACAUGAGCUACCUGAUGGAGGAGGACGAGGAGGCCUACAAAAAGCAGUUCUCCCGCUUCAUCAAGAACGGUGUGACUCCUGAUUCGAUUGAGGAAAUGUACAAAAAGGCUCAUGCCACCAUUCGUGAGAACCCAGUCCAUGAAAAGAAACCUCCCAGAGAGGUCAAGAAGAAGAGGUGGAACCGUGCCAAGCUGUCUCUGGCCCAGAGGAAAGACCGCGUCGCCCAGAAGAAAGCCAGCUUCCUUCGGGCUCAGGAGAAGGAGGAAGCAGAGUGAGGCCUCGCUCUGCUCCGCUGCUUCGCAGAAAUUUUGUUCUAAUAAAUCUAUGGAAAAUA